UCCUUUGUGCGUGGGUGCACAACUCUGUGUGUAUCAGUUUGUCAUGUAGGUGGAAGUUAAGGUGUGUGUGUGUGUGUGUGUGUGUGUGUGUGUGUGUGUGUGUGUGUGUGUGUGUGUGUGUGUGUGUGUGUGUGUGUGUGUGUGUAUAUAGUAACACGGGGAUGUUCUGCUCUGACUCAUUUCAGCCGCUUUCUCAUGGAGACGACCAAAAACCUCAUUUCAGUUCUGUUGAUCAGACCGGCACAGCCAGGUAACAUAGUGUGUGUGUGUGUGUGUGUGUGUGUGUGUGUGUGUGUGUGUGUGUGUGUGUGUGUUGUCUCACACAGACUACCCUCACGGUAUCAGACUGACGACAGCGAACCCUGGAGGAGAGAGAAAGGUUCUGAUCGUGUUCACGGCGCCAAGUCAGCAGGACCGAGCUCGCUUCACCUCCGACCUCCGAGAGAGCAUCGCUGAGGUCCAGGACAUGGAGAAGUACAGGGUGGAGUCCGAGCUGGAGAAACAGAAAGGUGUGAUGCGUCCCGGUGUGUUGACGGGGGGAGGACCAGGAGGAGGGGUGGCGCAGGGGGGCAUGGCCAACACCGGCCCCAUGAAGGGCGAGGUGGUGAACGGCAUUCUGGGUAGACCGAGCCUGGAUGACACUUACGCCUCUGUGGACGGACUCAAACGCACAGCACUCAGCUCCUCACUGCGAGACCUCUCAGAAACAGGGAAGCGAGGUCGUAGGAACAGUGUGGGGUCAUUGGACAGUACCAUUGAAGGUUCCAUCAUUAGCAGCCCCCGGCCUCACCAGCAGCGCCCCCUGCCUGCUGGAGGUCUCUACAGCCCUAUGAUGGUCCCUUCCUCUCCAGCAGCUUACCGGCCACACCGCCCUACUCAGAGCCCCGGUACAGGGGUGGGGGGUGGGCCGGGGCUCUGUCACAACCAGGGGGGGGUCGCGCCCUCCCCACUCGUGAGCGUGGGAGGGGUUGGGGGAGGAGGCGUGAUGGUGGUUGGGGGAGGAGCGACUGGCAGCAACCGGCUGGGGAACUUCUUCGGCAGCCGGAGAGGGAAAGUUCCUGGUCCCCUGACGAUGACGUCCCCGACUCCACAGGGUCCUCCGAGUCCCCUGAUGAUAUCAUCACCCCCCCAUUACCCCGCCCCCGCGCCGCCCAUCGCCCACCCAUCCUCCCCUUCCCCAUGCCCCUCCCCAUCGCCCAACCUCGCUCAGUUGGACUCGGGAGGAGUUGGAGGGGGAGGAAGUUCGGUAGGGGGGCCGUCCAAGCUCCAGGCAUUGCACGCUCAGUAUUGCCACGGCAACAGUGGAGGAGGAGGAGUCAAUGUUACUGGGCACCAGCAGCAGCAGACUCCGCCACCGCCUUACCACCACCAUCAUCGUUACCACGUGCAGAGCGUCCCGCAGCAUCACGCCCUUUCGCACAGGUUCUCAGCCCCGCGGCGGCAGGGUCCGCCCGGCUGCGCUCCCUCUCAUACCCAGAGGAUGCAACAUGGCGGCGCCCAGCACCCCCGCUACAACAUGGCGUCGGGUUUCAUCACGCCACCGCCGCUCUCCCCACACUCCCCCAUCACUCCCACUACCCCGCACGGACUCUACCACUCGCAUCCGGGGGUGGGGCGGCCGGGUGGAGGCGGCAAACUCCCGCUGACCAUCUCGCACUCCACGCCCCAUCCGCACGCUCACACACACUCUCACAACCACGCCGUGCACACACACUCCCCACUCAGCCCCCUCCCCCUCCGCCUCCCAAUCCACCCACUUCAUCUUUGCCACCCCGCCGCCUCAGACGCCCUCAGCACGCCUCGUCACCCAGACGCCGCCGCAGCCCUACAACCCCCAGUACCCUCCCCUCUCUGCUAUCCCCCCUCCCCCUCCGCAUUCCCCCUUGCCCCCCCCCUCGGCUGGCCCGCUCUCCCUGCACCCAGGAGGAAGUCAAGGGGCGGGUCCAAAAUCGAAGCCUGUCAGCCGGAUCAGCACGGUGGUGUGAGGAGGCCGAAGAUGAGGGCGAUUGUCCGUUACCCUGCAACGAGCCACCGGGGGGCGGUAGUGGUGAGAGGGGGCAGGAGGGGAGGCAGGAGGGGGGGAGGGGCGAUGCAGAUGUAUCACAAUGGCCACCUGGUGAGGAGGAAAGCUCUGAGAGCGGGGAAAAGGAAAUUACUCAGCCUGUGUUAUUUUCACAUCCACUUCCCGGGAAAGUAGAACGAUUCUCUCACUGUUAGCGUCUGAGGGGCGACCAAGAACAUCAACCACCACUGAACACAUCUCACACGCGCUUCAGAGGAGGACUCAGGAAGACAUGUUUGUAGUUCUUCACUGACAGGAGGUGUUCAGGGUUAGGUCAGUUUCUAUGUUGGACUAAUGAGCCGGGGACCAGAAGUGAAUGAACUGUGCCUCAGAAGGGUUUAGCGCCCUAUGCUAACACUUGAUG